UUCACUCAUUAUAAAACACUACACUUUCUCUCACUCAACAACAGGCCAACAGUCCUUGUCUGCCUGUCUGCACUGAAUCUGACUGCACUUGUCACAGCUUUGAGAUCUCAUUGAGGAGGAAAAGACAGAGAAAAUGUAUGAAGAAGGAAAGAAGAAAGAGGAAGAAGAGAAUGAAGACCUGAGGAGAUAUUGUCGAUACUUUACUAAAGAACAGUUGAUCAUGCUGUGUGUCUGUAUUGCUCUGCUUGUGCUACUUCUGGUCAUCAUCAUCACCUCUGUUCUCCUGACUCAAAAUGGAGGUAGGGCAUCUGAAACGAUCCUGCCGUUCCCUACUGAUGGAGACAUGCUGGACUUCCUCGUCCAAACUGGAGACAUCAGGGAGAGAGACGCGCUGUACGCCACCUGGUAUCACCGUGCCAACAACAAGUCAGAGAUGAACAUAGCACUGCAAAGUUCUAUCAUGGUUUUGGAGGCUGAUGUGACUGUGCAGGGAUACGCUACGGUCAACGUGACCACCAUCCCCAUCAUGGCUCAUCCUCCUGCUGUCUACAGUGACAACACUCUGGACCAGUGGCUGGAUGCCGUGCUCCAGUCAAAGAAAGGCAUAAAGCUGGACUUCAAAUGCAUCCAGGCGGUGACUCCCUCUCUGGGCAUCCUGAGCAUGAAGAACCAGACUAAAGGCAUCAACCGGCCGGUGUGGCUGAACGCUGACAUCCUCCCUGGGCCAAACGUCCCAGCCUUCUGGCCUGUCAUCGACGGACCUGAGUUCUUGGCAAUGAUCCAGCAGAGUUUUCCAGACGUGACCAUCUCUCCUGGAUGGGCAGUUCUGUAUCUGCCCCAGUUCCCAAACGUCACCUACACACAGGCCAUGGUGGAGGACAUGUAUGCCAUCAUCAAAAAUGUCCCUCAGACAGUCACCUUCCCCGUCCACGCGCUCAUGGCCAAGAACGGAUGGCCUCACAUCAGCUGGUUACUCAGCCAGUCACCAAAGUUCAGUCUGACUCUGUGGCAGAGCCAGGAAAAGAACCCCAGUGUGAAUGACCUGCUGUUCGUCAGAGACAACACCAACCCUAAGCGAGUCUACUAUGACAUCUAUGAACCUGUCCUGUCCCAGUUUAAAGAAGCUGCCAAGCAAAGAGAUCGGCAGAGGAGGUUCUACCCUGGAGGAGACCUGAUUGACUAUUUCCAGCCGAAAUAUAGAGAUGGCUUGUACAUCCAGUGGAACACAGUCACAGACAGAGCCUCACUGCUUUCUCUGCUGUCAGACAGUGCCAGUGGCAUGCUCAUCAUUCCAGUAGGAUCUGGUUCCGCCCAGCCUGGGGUCCCAGUGGUGGAGGGCUCCCGUCCAGAGUUCCUUCUCCAGGACUCCCUGAACCUGGUUCUGGCCUCUCCAAAACCCUUUGGUAUCUAUUUAAGGAUCCAGUCCCAGAGCCAGCUGGAACCCUCUCUCCACCUGCUCAGCUCAGCCUACCACAGCGACCUCCUGUACCGCCCCGUCUGGGUCAACAUGGCUCUGUCCCAUGGAGCCUUCCAGACCCAGGGCUACAUCUCUGGGAUGGAGUUCCUCCACACAGUCAACCAGGUGUUCCCCUAUGUGACCCUGGCCCCCAGCUGGCCUCUUGAAGUCCUGAGGGAGGGGUAUAACAGGGCCAUGGUGGAUGACAUGGAGGUUUUACUGAAGGAGGCGUGGCAGGCUGUGUCCCUGCAGGUGAGGGCGGAGCCACUGGGGAGAUCUGUGGAGGGACAGAGAAGGAUUCGGGAGGUGCAGUCAAGGUACUCACUUACAGUGGAGACCGGGAUAGAAAGUGGGAUUGAUGAGGAGGCAGGACCACAGGCAAUCAUGGCCAACCUCUCUGGGAGCAAAGACAGAAGCUUGUUUUUUAUAACUGAGAACUACUGGUCUAAGAUGUGAAGACCUCUUAAAUGACAGUUUGCUACAUUUUCAUCUAAUCUUUUGUUGUAUUUAAAGUAAAUAAAAACCAAUGAAAAACAACCAUUCAAUUUAAUUGUAAUAUAUUUAUUGUAAAAUUGUUAGCAAUAAUUUUGUACAAUCAUCUUUGUAGUUUCAAUUGUUUUAUAUAUAUAUAUAUAAAUAACUUUAAUGCCUGUAGUUUAAGAUAUGAUAUUCUUAUCUUAUGUGUAACUUGGCUGAAACAUUUGAAUGCCUCGUCAUAAAAAACAUCAUAAAACACAUCUGACAUCAAAUGCAGUGUUACUUUCUGUAUUCUGAAAAUACAGAGCUCUUCUCAGUAAAAAAAACAUCUCGUUAGUAUUCAUUCUCUGGAAAACUUAAAAUACAAUUUACAUCUCAUAUAAUUUUCACAUGUUAUAAUUGGAGAUGCAAAACAUUGUUAAAAACCAUCAGCGCCCCAAAAAUGUUUGCUGUAGAUGCUCCUCUUUCAUUAGCCUGGUCCCAGAUAUAUUUUACGGUCAUUGUCAAUGGCCAUAGGAGUUGGCAAGACAG